UUGCUGCAUUUUGACCAGAGUUGGUGCCGUUUCUCAAAUCCUCUUCAAAAACAAACCAAAGGUAACGAAAGAUGAAAAUGAAACAAAAAAUCCUAAUAGAAUAAGAAGAAAAAGAAAGCGAGAAAGAGAGAAAAAAAUAAUGGUUAUGAUGCUUCCAAAGAGAAUAAUACUAAUGCGGCAUGGUGAGUCACAAGGAAAUUUGGACACGUCAGCAUACACAACCACACCAGAUCACAGCAUUCAGUUGACCUCAAAUGGCAUCGCCCAGGCCCGCCACGCCGGCGUCAACCUCCGCCGCGUCAUGGCCGCCGGCGAAUGCUCCCCCGAUUGGCGUGUCUACUUCUACGUCUCCCCCUACGCCCGCACCCGAUCCACCCUCCGCGAGGUUGGUCGAUCCUUCUCCAAGAAGAGAAUAAUCGGCGUUAGAGAAGAGUCGCGGAUUCGCGAACAAGACUUCGGGAACUUUCAGGUUAAAGAGAGAAUGAAGAUCAUCAAGCAACAACGCGAACGCUUCGGCAGGUUCUUCUAUCGCUUCCCCGAAGGCGAAUCUGCCGCCGAUGUUUACGAUCGCGUUUCAAGUUUCUUUGAAUCUCUGUGGAGGGAUAUAGACAUGAAUAGGCUACAUCAUGAUCCUUCCAAUGAUCUGAAUCUUGUGAUUGUGUCUCAUGGAUUGACAUCACGUAUUUUCCUCAUGAAGUGGUUCAAGUGGACGGCUGAACAGUUUGAGCACCUGAACAAUCUUGGAAACUGUGAGUUCCGUGUUAUGCAGCUGGGAAGUGGUGGGGAAUAUAGCUUAGCGGUUCAUCAUACAGAGGAAGAGAUGCUAGAAUGGGGUUUGUCUCCUGAUAUGGUAGCUGACCAAAAAUGGCGUGCCACUGCAAGCAGGGGUGCUUGGAAUGAUAAAUGCUCAUGGUACCUUGAUGGUUUUUUUGAUCAUCUUGGUGACUCUGAUGAUGAUGACAUUGUGGAAAAUGAAGGUGAAACUAAUUCUUUGACUGUAUGUGCAUAGUUAGGGAUUCUUUUUGAACAGUCCAUAGUAGUUUGAUUUCUGUUUUUAAUGUUAAAAGAAGAAAUUUCAAUAGAAACAAAAAUGGGAAAGUUAAGGGGAAGGAGGAGGAAUAUAGAUAAUACGUUGUCAGUUGCCAAUUUCAAGUUCUAAUGGCCUCAUUCAUUCAUUGACAUAAAUUUGUCCAUUUGGAAGUUCGAAUAGUUAACCUUGAUUACAGUUAUACUAAGCAAUUUUAUACUUUUUUUAGGGAACGGUUGUUUUUGUAUAAUUAUAUUCACGCCUCUUGUGUGUUAUUCAUUAUGAUAGCA